UUGCCUCGUGCCCGCGCCGGUCGGUUGGUGGCGCCUUUGUCCUACGGCGGGCAGGUGGGCUGAGGCCGAGGCUCGGUAGCGGCGGGCCUGAGGGCGAAGGAGCGGCUGAGGAAGGCCGCCGCGCUGGUAGCGAUAUUAAUAAGGCAGCGGAAAGAAGAAAUAUGAAUACGGCUCCAUCAAGACCCAGCCCCACAAGAAGGGAUCCGUAUGGCUUUGGAGACAGUCGAGAUACAAGGCGUGAUCGAUCUCCAAUUCGAGGAAGUCCAAGGAGAGAACCCAGGGAUGGCAGAAAUGGUCGGGAUGCCCGGGAUAGCCGAGACCCUCGAGAUUUGCGGGACCACAGAGACAGCAGAGACAUUCGGGAUCACAGAGACAGCAGAAAUAUACGUGAUGCUCGGGACAUGAGGGAUUUUAGGGACUUUCGUGAUCUAAGAGACUCUCGAGAUUUUCGAGAUCACCGGGACCCCAUGUAUGACAGAUACAGAGACAUGAGGGACUCUCGAGACCCUGUGUACAGGAGAGAAGGCUCUUACGACCGAUACUUGCGAAUGGAUGACUACUGCAGGAGAAAGGAUGACUCUUACUUUGACCGGUACAGAGACAGCUUUGAUGGUCGAGGCCCUCCUGGCCCAGAAAGUCAGUCUCGUGCAAAAGAGCGUUUGAAACGUGAGGAACGUCGUAGAGAAGAGCUUUAUCGUCAAUAUUUUGAGGAAAUCCAGCGGCGCUUUGAUGCAGAAAGACCUGUGGAUUGCUCUGUUAUUGUGGUCAACAAACAGACUAAAGAUUAUGCUGAGUCUGUGGGGCGGAAGGUACGAGACCUUGGCAUGGUUGUGGACUUGAUCUUCCUCAACACAGAGGUGUCACUGUCACAAGCAUUGGAGGAUGUUAGCAGAGGAGGGUCUCCUUUUGCUAUUGUCAUCACCCAACAACACCAGAUUCACCGUUCCUGUACAGUCAAUAUCAUGUUUGGAACUCCGCAAGAGCAUCGCAACAUGCCCCAGGCCGAUGCCAUGGUGCUGGUGGCCAGAAAUUACGAGCGCUACAAGAAUGACUGUCGAGAGAAAGAACGUGAGGAGAUUGCCCGACAGGCAGCCAAGAUGGCCGAUGAAGCCAUCCUGCAGGAAAGAGAGCGUGGAGGCCCCGAGGAGGGAGGGCGUGGGGGGCACCCUCCAGCUAUCCAGAGCCUCAUCAACCUGCUGGCAGACAACAGAUACCUCACUGCUGAAGAGACGGACAAAAUCAUCAACUACCUGCGAGAGCGCAAGGAGCGGCUUAUGAGGAGCAGCACCGACUCUCUGCCUGGCCCGAUUUCCCGCCAGCCACUCGGGGCGGCCUCGGGUGCCUCGUUGAAGACACAGCCAAGCUCCCAACCACUCCAGAGUGGCCAAGUGCUCCCCUCUGCUACACCCACUCCAGCUGCACCCCCUACCUCCCAGCAAGAGCUUCAGGCCAAAAUCCUCAGCCUCUUCAAUAGCGGCACGGUGACGGCCAAUAGCAGCUCUGCAGCCCCCUCAGUUGCUGCUGGAAGCACCCAGAACCAGAAUUUUUCCACAGCAGCAAACAACCAGCCUCAGCAAAGACCACAGGCCUCUGGCAAUCAGCCUCCAAACAUUUUGGGACCGGCAGGAUCUGCUCGGAACAUGGGCCCCAGGCCUGGGGCUCCUUCCCAAGGGCUCUUUGGCCAGCCCUCCAGUCGCCUGGCACCUGCCAGCAACAUGGUUAGCCAGAGGCCUGUGUCUUCCACAGGUAUUAACUUUGACAAUCCCAGUGUACAGAAGGCUCUAGACACCUUGAUCCAGAGUGGCCCUGCUCUUUCCCACCUGGUGAGCCAGACCGCAGCUCAGGUGGGACGGCCCCAGGCUCCCAUGGGAUCUUACCAGAGGCAUUACUGAAACUAAAUUGUUCCUCUAUCCCCAGUUCCCUGUUGCCCUGGCCACCUCCCGCUUCAUUCAAAGUAGAGAUGUUUGGAGGAUGUUCUCUGCACUCUCCAGAUGACAUCAAAUGUCCCAAGUUUCUACCACCUGAUCUGCCCAAGGCUUUGUUGCUUCUUAUGUAACAGAAUCAGAAUUUAUACUGCAUUCAGGGGUGUACCUUUUUGGCUUUUGGUAGAAAAUAAGUAUCUCUGGGGUUGCUUUGGCAGCACAUGUGGCUAAGCUCAGUUUCUACUUGAUGGGAGUUUCUCUAGUCCCUGCCUGCUGGAUUUGGGGAAGAAAAGGAAGAAACCAAGCUCCAGAUAACUGAGUUUGGAAAACCAUUUCUCAUGCCAGUUGACACAACCUUUGAUCAUUCUGAACCUACCAAGCCUUCCCACUUCAGUGCAUCAGCCAGAACUGCGCUCUGUCUGUCUCACAGGAGCAAGCGUGGCCUUGGUGGGCAGUGCCACUGUGCCCAUCACAAGUAGGAGGCUCUGCUCUCCCAUCAGCUGCCCUGGACUGGGGAGCAAUGUUACAGCAGACAGCCUGAGAAAAGCACUCUUCUGUCUGCAUUGGUAGCUGGUUUGGAGUAUGUGUGGUUUGUUUGUUGUCCAUUUUAUUGGAAGCUGUAGCAAUGUGAACAGUUCCACUCACCAGUAGUUUGACACAAACUGAAUGUGGCCCACUGCCCUCCAGCAGCACCUCUGGCAGCACCUGGUGGAUAAAGUCAGCUCUGAAAAGGCGGUGCUAGACUCUGGCAUUGGACAUUCAUCUUUCAAUGGAUUCUUUUGAACUGUUUGCUAAAAAAAAAAAAAAAAAAAAAAAAAAAAAAAAAAGGCUUUUGUUGUCAUAGACUAUUGUUCUAUUUUAUGAUCAACAGGAGGUAGGGACCAUUUGAUGUCAAACUGUGGGUAACUGGACAUGUGCUCUGUGCAGACUACAUUCAUAACUUGUAAACUAGAAUAAGUUGUUUAGAGGGAGGGCUCUCCUCUGGCUGAUGCCCUGAAUGGAGCCAAAGGAAGCUGUCUCCCUCCGGUCAGCCUGCUCCUUAGGGCCCUGUGGGUCAAGUGUUGGAGAGGGGGCCUGGCAAGGAGGGAGAGCAGAGACUUCAGCCAUGCCCUGCCUGCCAGUGGAUGAGCCGUGGUGAGCAGUGGUUUGAGAACUCAAGGCCCCCAAAUGGCAGCAGUUUAUAUUCUGACCUUUGUGUUAUAUAGUGGUUUGUUUUUCCUCUUUGGAACUCUUGUGUUGUUAAUAAAAUGAAAUGAUUACUUUUUAAUUAAAAUUUAAAAGUGA